CAAUUCCAUUUUAAGCUCCGGGACAGGUGGUAUGUAAGUUUGAGUUCGGACCCGCGAUCGCAUUCAGUUUCUCCAGACAUAAGACAGGAAGAAUGGUUUUUUCACCCUCGGAACGAACGAACUCUUCAUGUCCUGGCUUGUAUCUGCGAGCAUUUGCCUUUCAUUGACUUUUCUUCCCUUCUACGUCCUGAAGAGAUUCAUUUGCUCUUUUGUCAAUCGCGAGCAUUCGAAGGAUUGGAAAGAUGUAUGCCAAGUAGCCGUCUUCCGUUUCGCCGGAGAUUGCUUCACUUUCGGACGUAUGAAAUGCAAGUCGACGCAGGAGAAUUACAUGCAGUGGACGAGGUUAACGGCAAUGCCCUAUACUGUCGAUGCAGUGCCUGGUAUAGACGAUACUAAGAUCUUAUGGAUUGGCCCAAAGCGCCUGAAAAAUGUUCUAUUCUAUUGCCAUGGCGGCGGCUACAUGAUAAGCGCCCUUCAUGCACAAAUGACCUUCUACCGCUACCUCCAACUUGAACUUGAAAGGCGCGGUGUUCAUGUGGGCGUAGCAAUGAUAACAUACAAAUUGCUGCCGGAGCAUCAGUUCCCUACUCAAUUACGCCAAGCUAGAGGUGCCCUCGACUUUCUCAUACAGGCGGGCGUGCAUCCUCGCAACAUUAUGCUUGUCGGAGAAUCGGCCGGAGCUAAUCUUGUCAUGCAAACACUGUCCCAUAUUCUCCACCAUCUUCCGUCGGUACAGCCCCUUCAACUUCCCACCAGCCAGAUUUUCCGAGGCGCGUUGCUCAUAUCUCCCUGGGUGUCAAUGAAGGCCGACUCUAUUUCACCAUGGCCGCUGCUGCACGCCAAGUUCAAAUACGACAUCCUUUCCUCUCGUAUUGUACGCCUCAUAUGCACUGAGGUGGUGAGAGAUAUUCCAGAAAUCGAUAUCAAGUUCGUAGAUCCUGUUGAGGCACCCAAAACUUGGUUCGACGGUUUAGAUAAUCUGGUUGAGAGGAUUCUCAUAACUUACGGCGCAUUCGAAGGGUUUGCCCCGGGUAUCCAACUUCUAUAUGAGAAGUAUCUAAAGCCGUAUCACGAGGACGUGAUAACUUUACAGCAGAGGGAUGGCGUUCAUGGUGACCCGAUCUUGAAGUUCAUUUGGAAACAAGAGGACCUGGGAGAUAUGGUACCGGUGAUCGUAGACUGGGUCGCGGAAUUAUUUAUGAACUAACAACACGCAAGGGCAAUGGCGUUAUAUCGUCUGUAGGAUCAUAUCUGUACUUUUUAGUUUUAUCGAAGCGGUAGUCCAUACUGUAUGUUGUACCAUGUGA